AUGUUCUGGGUUGAGAUGGAUGCUAUUCCCGACAACCAACCGCAAAUUGCCGCUAUCCGUUUACAGGAUCCCGGUCCGAUCAAAAUACAGAUCGGCUAUAGUGAAUGUUGUCUCCGAGUAUGCUGUACACCAAGGUAUUUUGCUAUAAGAUUCUGGGCACAUUCGUACGCGUCAGAAACUCGCACAAUAAAGACCAAAUGUGUGAAAGAAUUGAGCCAAUCUGCGCUUUACAUCAUGCGUGAGCAGGCAGAAUACCGACCUGUGUCAUCGAAUGUUUCAUUAAGUUGCGACCCAAGUUAUCGGCAUUUGCGGGCUAAGCAAAUCCCGAGAAGUCAGGGUAAGUGGAUUUUGCUUUGUGGGAUGGAAACCUUGGCAUUUACAAUGGAAUUGAGUCUCGUGGUAAUGUUAAUCGGCUAUAUGUGUACCAUAUGGUCAAGUGAUGACGCAAAUGCCGGUAAAAAUACUAAAACAGGUUAG